AUGGUUUACUUUGUUAGUGACGGGGUCAGCGCCGCAUGGGGGCACUGGACAAGCAUUCAAGUCGGCCAUCGCGGUAAAUACUCCGUCGAGCGUCUGCUAUCAUUUCGCGAUUAUUACGUACGCACAUCUCCUACGCGGGUGUUAAUAGUUUGUGCGACGGGAAUGCUACCAGCGUUCAUAGUCGCGAUUUUGGUCGAGUUCAUUCCGUUGAAGCCGCCUGACGAAGGCUGGAAGGCCAACUACACCUUCUGGAUCCGCUUGUAUGUGUCUUCGCUGCCCAUUGCGUUCGGAGGCGUGUACCAAGUGAAGGAGGUCAUUGAGCCAGGAGCUAUCUCCACAACUGGAAUUGUCGCAACCGCCGUCGGUUCCUGUACGUGUUACGUGGCUCUCACGAUGUUGGUCGCCGCAUUGUGGAAGUUUCCCAUCCCUUUUGGGUACGUCCUGACUGUGGGUCCGUUCGUGGCAUUCUACAUGAUUUUCUUCAUGUUGAGCAUCGGUCCGCGCGUAUUAUCCAGCUCGGCGGUGUUGCGUCGGCAGAUUUUCUCGCAGAUGCUGGUGAUCGCUGCUCAGGGGAUGCUGGCGAUC